AUGCCAAGCCAUCGAAGUCGAUCGUCCGGGCCAGCUUCUUUAUCCUCUCGCUCUCUGUCCAAUCCGAGCAUGCACGAUGGAUCGGCAUUGGAUCGGAAAACUAGACAACCUUUGUUCUUCGAAUGUCACGUGUGCAUAUUGGGACGGAGUAAACUGGCGAAAGACGAAACUUUUUCAGCCAAUAAAGCAGAAGUUUUGAUGAACCAUUUGUAUCGGAAACGUCAAUCGCACUGCGUUCUCUAUUGUUUGGAAGAUUCGAUCCGCUUUGAGAAAAGUAAACGAUUGAGUGCUCAACCGAUGAGAAAUUUUGUCACUUACCGAGCAAUCAAACACAUAUUUAUAUUUCGCGAAAAACCCGAUGUGUUCAUGUUGUGUAUUGAUAGCGGACGUUCGGAUCGACGAACGUACGAAGCUUUCAAAUGCAAAAUGAAAGAGGAUGUUAUCACUCUAUGCGAAAUGGCAUUUAAAGCGUCAAAAGAUCCUGAAUACAAGUUACGAGAUGUCACUCCGUUGAAGAAUUAUGUCCGAUAUUCGGAACUGAACGAUUCGGUCAAUCAUUUGUCCCAAAACGAACUAAAUGGAUACAGUAUUGGAGCCCAAUCAACUAGUACACUGGCUGAAAGCCAUCCACCGAAUUUGGGUGUGCAAAGUGUAUUCGACCUGUAUGAGCAACAUAAUACACGGGCACCCCACGCAAUUAAUCAUAUGCCUGAAGCGGUGGACUUUGAAGAACCAGCGCUAAAUGUGUCUCACGAGUUGGUUCAUGAGACACCUAGGGGUAACUCCCCGAGCCUUUUUCCACAGAUUAUUGUGAAAGAGGCUCCAGAUGAGACAUUGGCGACAUCUGGAUUAGAUGAGUUAGUCGCAUUGAACGAGAAGCUUGUGAAUAAGGACGAUGACGAAUGGGAAGUGAAUAUUACUUAUUUGGAAUGGGACAACGUUCGGGGUGCCGUAAUCAAUGACCGUGGACCAAUUUAUAUGUAUGUUGCAAGACGUCUUCAUCCUUCUACUAUGUAA